AUGCUGCGCCUCGGUUCUCCAAAAUGGCGGCGCUGGGUGUCGCCAACCCUGCGGUGGUACCACGCGACAGGGUCUCUACAAGCGAAAAAGGGCGUGUGUCCAUCGGAACCACCACCAGUGGCCAUCGUCCUCUGCGGAUGUGGAGCCCUGGACGGGACCGAGAUCUCCGAAGCGAUGUCGCUGAUCUACCACUGUUGCGGGAAGUCCCUGAGGCCCUGCUUCUACGCGCCCCAGGUGGACAUUUGCGGGGUGAUGAACCACCUGACCAUGGAGCCGGACACCUGCGGGGUGCCGAGGAACGCCAUGGUCGAAAGCGCCAGGUUGGCCAGGUCGAACCUGAGACCCCUCUGCGACUGCAAGGCCUGCAACGCCGAGGCCCUCUUCAUCCCCGGAGGCUUCGGGGUGGCCAAGACCCUGAGCGACUUCGCGACCAAGGGGUCGGAGUGCGUCGUCCAGCCGGACCUGAAGAACGCCAUCGAGGACUUCGCCUGCAGCAGGAAGCCCAUCGCGGCGAUGUGCAUCGCCUCUGCCAUUGCUGCAAGGGUCUUGAAGGGUGCCAAAGUGACCCUCGGGAAGGACAAGCCUCCGGAACUCUGGCCAUAUGCAGAUGCGAUCGCGCAGGUCCAGAAAAUGGGAGCCUGCGUGGAGUUGAAGGAUGUUAAGGGGGUCACGUACUGCACGAAACAUAAUCUAUUUACCACGCCUGCCUGGCUUUAUGCCGCAGCCACGUACUCCGAGAUACACCAGGGAAUCGGGAAUCUGGUGUGUGCGGUCGCCCAGGCCAUUAAGUGA